UUUAUUUCGGGCUUGAUUUGCUGCUGCCCGCGAUGAUGGCUUUUUCGCUGCAUCAGGGUGGAAACGCCGGCGAUACCACGUGGACUGCUUGCACUGAAGAAUGCAGUGCUACGUGUACUGUAUGUGCAAUCCAUCAAUGUACAUGUGUGUAUGCACAUGCACUCCAUGCAAGCAUUGAUAGGAGUGGUAAUUUGUAAGUGAGUGGGGGAAAUGAGAAACUGAUGAGCUUGACGCCUCUCGUGCACAAUAAUGAUGUCGUGGUCUCUGCACACACGCAAGCGAGGAUUUUACCAGACGGGCCGUUUGUUUCUAGAAAGCAGCAUGUUUGCUACUAUGGGGUAUACUAAAAGUUACUACUAUUGCUUAUAUUUUUUCUUACUUUUCUUCCCAAAAAAAAAAAACCAAUAUUCUAUCCUGCCCGUCCGUCCCGCGGUGGGAACUCGCCGGUUCCCCCACGCAUCAAACAGCGAGUCAGGUUCCAUGUCCCCAAAUCCCAAGAUUGCUCCCAGUCCCAGAAACACCCCCAGCCUGCAUAGCCGGGAAAACGCCGUUGUCCAGUCCUUUUUACCAAAGAUGCAUCCCCGCUCCCAUGUUACGCCAUCUUCCUUCUCAAGUGUUGCUCCAUUCCCCUUUUCCAUGGCCGCGGUAAUACGGGCAAGGCGAUGCCGCCGCAUACGCACGCACCACCUGAAGGGGGGGAGAAAGAGUAGGGAAAAAAAGCAGGGAUAAAGAAACAAAAAAAAAAAGAAGCAAAGAAAAAAGAGAGAGAGAGAGAGAGAACGCCGGUGUAGAACGUUGAUAUCAUUUUUUUUUCGGGAUCCCGCUAGAAAAUGUGCAGUGAAUAACAACAAUUUGAGAAGUGAAUAUGUAGCUGGCCUGCGCCAGAAA